AGACAAAAUAAGAAAAAAAUUAUGCAACGAAUAUUCAAACAAGCAUCAGUUUUUCCUUUUGUUGUGGUCUCUAUUUUAUGCACACAGUUGAUUCCAAAGCUACAGUUUGUAGAAAAACUCUACUCAGAAAACAUCUGCACCCGUCAACACACCGCAGAAGAUUUAGCACUUGCACUUGCUCUAAAAGAUCGGUUAUUAAAGAACCCUUUAGUUUGCUUAGCAUCAUCAAAGUAUGUUCUGUCCACACAAUCAACUAAGUCACGAAAAAGAAAAGCUGCACAAUCAUGGAAAGCUCCACAAAAUCUUCCUGAUGGGUCACAAGUCACUUACUGUUCUGAUUUAAAGAAAUGCUGCAAAUUAAAAAAAACUUUGAAUAGCGCUGGCACCCAUUACAACUUAUGCAGGGAAUGCAUUCAUCUUGUUACACUUCCAGCUAGUUGCACUCCACGACAACAUUUUCACGUCACCUGUCAAGAUCCCGACUACUACGAAACUUGUUUUUCAGGUGAAGGAGGCUGUGCUACUAACUUGAUGUCAAGAACGGUAGUCUGUAAUUCAAAGGAUGUAAGUAUAUCCUUGGGACAUUCUUGUUCGUGUGAAAUUCUCCGUGACUCUAUAUUUUCUGAUUAUAUUUGAAAAUAAAAAAUGACACUUGAUAGCACUAAAAUAGCACACUGAAUAUUGUAUUUACAUUUUUGCAGUUUUGUUUUACGUGAUUUAACAAUACUUCAUUUUUUUGGGAAAAUGUAUUUAAAUAAAACUUUAUAAUGGUAUGCGAUUUUGUUUAAAGCA